AUGGGAGCGAGUAAAUCAAAAUUGAGCAAAAAAGAAAUCAACGAUCUGACUGAAAAAACCUCCUUCACAGAAGAAGAAAUAAAGCUCUGGUUUGCUGGAUUCCAAAGAGAUUGCCCCACCGGAAAACUUUCAAAAAGCGAAGGCAAUGUAGAAGAAAAGCUCGAAUGGGCCUUCCAGUUGUACGAUUUGGACAAUAGUGGGACGAUAACAAAAGAAGAAAUGCUCGAAAUCGUCGAAGCGAUCUUUUCUUUGUUGGGUUCUGACGAGCGGUUUGCCCAAAACAGCCUUUCCCCCGAAUCACGAGUCGACAGGAUUUUCUCAAAAAUGGACAUUAACGGAGAUGGUGAGCUAUCAAAGGAAGAAUUUCUUCGCGGCGCUAAAAAUGACAAAUCGAUUUGCCAAGCCUUGUCUCUUUACGAUAAAAUUGCAUAA